CAAAAACGCAGCUUCUGAUGUGGCAAAAGAUAUGUAAGUAGAUGAGCCUCGUAUAUUAGGUUUAGGUAAGUAGACGAGCCUCGUUUAGUAUUCUUUUUACAUCAUCCGUGUGGUUGUGGCUCCCUGACAAGAGCUUCAACUAUGUCUAUCAGUGAAAAAAUGAGUACUCGAUAAUUUUUUCGACAUCUUCCAUACCACCCGACAAGAAUAAAGAAGAAGAACCCAAACCCAAAUGCCGCAACCGCCUCCCUCGUCUGUCUCCUCGUCUGCUCACGGCACCCAACAAGAAGACAAUGCGAGUCCUGGUUCCUCGUCCACCUCCCCACCAAGCUCCAUCGGCGGAGCUGCCACCGCCGCUGCCCUCGGCGCCAGCUCAGGUAGUUCUUCGUCGUUAUCCGGUUUUAUCCUGGCGGUGGCGCUGUUCUUCGGCUUUCUGAGCUUCGUCUGGUGGCUCGCAUGGCAACUGUCGUUGAGCAAAGUUCCAAUCUUGCGCGAAAUUUUCUCGGACAAGGAACCCAAACAGCACAAGAACUCCUCGAAGCAGAGAACCAGCAGAACGGCUGGAAAUGUUGGCUCUUUCGGCGCAGAUAUCGCUAUGGGUGCUGGACCAGGGGGGGCGACAAGAAAUCGGCGGCAAAACGCGCGCGCAUCUUCAUAAACCCUUUCACGCUGGGAGCAGGGCAAGAGCCAAGCUUUCGAAUAGCUCUCAGACCGCCGGGCCGGAAACUUUGUGAGAUAGAAAAACGAGCUUCUGUAGUGCGAUCUCGGGCUACUCCGGAAAUCUGAAGGUAUGCUUCGCUUCUGAGGAACUUCUUACCUGCGCUGCGCUUUCAGCAGUGUGCCGGAUAGCAGACCCGGCUGCAGCGCCGGCAGCUGUGAGGGGAGGUUGAUAUACCGAGCAACUUCUACUUCUUCUUGAUGACCGAAAUAAACCGAGUCGCCCGUCGAGCUGGUCACCCAAGGCAAAGAACGGGGAGACGGAGAAGAGUGGUUCCUCAAGAGGCGAUGAAAAAAGUGCUCCAUGCCACGACGAAAACGGUUGCGAUGUCAGUCGCGAACUUCUGGGCGUGAGGACUGCGAGUCACGUCAGCGUCAGAAGCAACUUGAUGCGCAUUUUGUGGUGUCCGCAGGAAGUGGAAGGUGCAACUGCAAUUAAUUAGCGUCGGGGUUGCGCUACUUCUAGCGCUGCUGAGGAGAAAUUUUCCAACCUGAACUUCAUGAACGUGCAUCUUGAUUUCCGAAUUUUCCUUUCUACCCGAGUGGUCCGAGUGCGAUCAAAAGAAAAGUCAGAAUCGGACGAUGUUCACCCCGUGGAGGACGCCACUAGAGCACCUCGUCCGUGUGGUCCCCGUUGUACUCGCUUCCAGCCUGCCGUCGUGCUGUACGAGCAGGAAAAUCUUCAACAUUGAACCAUUGGAAAUAACACAAUGGAAAAACACAUAAAACAACUCGUAGGAGGAUGAAAGAGUGGUCCUUGAGCUGCACUAU